GGCUGCCUGUCGGCGAGCGCGCCACCCGCCCGUCGCCGCCGACCCACCGGGGCCGCCACAGCCGCCCCGCGGGGACAUUCAUUCUGGCCGCCCGCCUCUCGCUGGGCCCGGCGUGGGGGCUGCAUUGUAGGGGUUAGUCCCUACUUUGCUCCCCCCCCUUCUCUCUCUUUUUUUUUUCUUUCCUCUCCUGUUUUUUUUGCUUUUUGUUGUUCUUGCCUCUCCUAUGUUCGGGAAACCAGACAAAAUGGACGUUCGGUGCCACUCGGACGCCGAGGCUGCCCGGGUCUCCAAGAACGCGCACAAGGAGAGCCGGGAGAGCAAGGGCGCGGAGGGAAACCUCCCCGCCGCCUUCCUCAAGGAGCCGCAGGGCGCCUUCUCGGCUCCCGGCGCCGCGGAAGAUUGUAACAAAAGUAAAUCCAAUGCCGCCGCGGACCCGGAUUACUGCCGCCGGAUCCUGGUCCGAGAUGCCAAGGGGUCUAUCCGCGAGAUCAUCCUGCCCAAGGGCCUGGACCUGGACCGGCCCAAAAGGACACGCACGUCCUUCACGGCGGAGCAGCUCUAUCGGCUGGAGAUGGAGUUCCAGCGCUGUCAGUACGUGGUGGGCCGCGAGAGGACGGAGCUCGCCCGCCAGCUCAACCUCUCUGAGACCCAGGUGAAGGUCUGGUUCCAGAACCGGCGCACGAAGCAGAAGAAGGACCAGGGUAAGGACUCGGAGCUGCGGUCGGUAGUGUCGGAGACGGCGGCCACGUGCAGCGUGCUGCGGCUGCUGGAGCAGGGCCGCCUGCUCUCGCCGCCCGGCCUGCCCGCCCUGCUGCCGCCCUGCGCCACGGGCGCGGUGGCAGCGUUGGCAAUGCGGGGCCCUGCGCCGUGA